UUGUGUGUUUCAGGCCGAGUUCUCUGAGAUCAACCUGGUGUCGUGUGUGAACUCCGGCUGUACGGUGGACAUGCAGGUCAGUCGAGGAGGAACCAAAGUGGUCAGAUCGUUCAGGCCGGAUUUCGUUCUGGUCCGGCAGCACGCCUACAGCAUGACCCCGGGCGAGGACUUCAGGAGCCUGGUGAUCGGCCUGCACUACGGCUCCGUUCCCAGCGUCAACUCGCUCUUCUCCAUCUACAACUUCUGCAGCAAACCCUGGGUGUUCUCUCACAUGAUCAAACUCUACCAGACUCUGGGUCCAGAGAAGUUCCCGCUCAACGAGCAAACCUUCUUCCCCAACCAUACACAGAUGGUGAGUCUCCAACCUGUUCACUAAUACAGGCCGUCCCAGAUCAGAUCUGGAGAAAUGUGUCUGCAA